AUGUCUACUAGCACGGCCGUUCCUCUCACUCAAUCGAGUGAAAUUACACGGUCAAACAGCAUUUCGAGUAACGAGGCGCCUGAUGCUGAGUCCAAGGGAAAAUCAAAUGGCAAAUUCUUCCGACGUUCGCGCUCCGGCUGUUAUACCUGUCGGCUACGAAGGAAAAAGUGUGAUGAGGACCAUCCUGCUUGCAGGAAUUGCACCAACCUUUCCCUCAGUUGUGAGUACAAGAGGCCGGAUUGGUGGUCGAGUGCAGAGCAACGGCGCAUCCAGAAGGACCGAAUCAAGACUCGAAUUAGACAGACGAAAGUGUUGGAAAAAGAGAAAAAUCUCCAAGGCGAGUAUUUCAUGCAUCAACAUCUUCCACCUCGGGUCACUGCCGGAUAUGACUUCAGCCAGCCGGUCCUUGUCGACCCUUAUCAGUCAUAUAUGCCAACUACGGCCCAGUUGUCGUUGCCAACCUUAAUGCCGGGAGCCGAUGCUUACAAUCCUUAUGAGAUCGACUUUGGAUCUGAGCCUAAAACCAUGAUGAAUGGCAUGCCGAUGCAAGGACAAUGGGGGACACAACAGCCCACAGUAUCCUCCAACCCUCACACCUAUAACUGGCCUCAGGAAGGGUUUCAACGUCCGCAGAAUUACUUCUAUCACAAUGCGGCCCCUCCAGUGGUUGAGUACAGAAAUAGACCGCUGUCAACUUACCUGCGAAACUCGCACAUGGUGAGCGAGCAAGACCGGGCAUUGCUCGUGCAUUUUGUUGACGAUGUGUUGCGAUUGAUAUUUCCCGUUCUUGACCUGCACCAACAAGGUCCUGCUCGUGCUCGCACCAUUCUAAAUUCUUUGGAAACGAAUCAAUCCUAUUAUCAUUGUUGUCUAAGUGUGGCCGCAAUCCAUCUUAAGGCCUGCAAGGGCCUGCGUGGAGACAAAGUCGACCACGAUAUCAUGCGACAUCGGUACGAGGCGGUGUCUCAGCUCUGCAAAGCUCUCAACAAUGAUGACGGGCAUGAGCAAAUUCUAGAUGCGACCCUCGCAAUGAUCUUUUUCCAUGGUUCUGUGGGAGCUUCCGAUGAUUAUCUUCCCGAUAUUCCUUGGAAUGAACAUUUCCAAGCUGGCUCAAACAUCAUCAACAAGCUUGAUCUUGCAGAUACUGGCCCAUUCGUUAAUCCUCCGUUCAGCAUGUCACUCGCUUCCUGGAUUGAUAUUUUGGGCGCCACGAUGUUACGAACGACGCCCCAUUUUUCGCACACGUAUCGUACAAAACACCUGAGUGGAACGUCUUCUGGUCUUCGUGAAAUGAUGGGAUGCGAUGAUCGGAUCAUGUAUCUCAUCUCAGAAAUCGCCUGCUUGGAUUCCUUGAUCGCCGAUGGCCUCAUUGAUGACAUGAGUAUACGCCACCAUGUCUCAGCGUUAGGCGCCCAAUUGGAUUACACCGAACCACUUGAUCCGGGUCUGGAGAAUCCAUACUCCUCGUCCGGAGUAAUCAACGUGGAGAUCUUCACCAAGAACAUGAGUUCAAUCUUUCGCAUAGCUGCGCGGAUCUAUCUGUACAGCCUGUUGCCGGAGUUUGACCGCACACAGAUCAGCACUAUUAGUUUGGUCACUGCCGUCGCAGAAGUGCUGCGGUUCAUCCCAACGGGCCCGUAUGGAUUCGAUCGCUCCCUGGUUUGGCCAUUGUUAAUAGCUGGAGCAUUUUCUACGCCUUCAAGUUCGUUCCGCACUACCCUGGCCCAGAGAGCGGAGGCCAUGGGAGAACUAGGGGAUUUCGGCAACUUUGGUAGGAUGUAUCGCUUGCUGCAGGAGGUUUGGAAAAUCGCAGACGACCCAGUCAAGCCAUCAUUUGCGGAGUCCAACAUUCUCUUGACCUCCCCUAAUCUGAGGUAUGAAAUCUCACCUGGACAUUCACCUUGCAUCGAGACCUUUGGAAGGUCAAUCAAAAAGCAGAAGGUUCACUGGAGGGACGUCAUGAACCGUAAGGGGUGGCGCUACCUGUUAAUUUAG